AUGAGCAAGACGAUCACACCAGAAGUGCAUUGGGCGCAGCGUUCCCACGAGACAGAUGAAGACAAGAACUAUGUGCUUUUGACUCUCGUGAUCCCGGACUGCGAGGAGCCUAAACUAAAGCUUGAGUCUACAUCGCUUGAGUUCUCGGCUAGAUCGCCAGGGCACACAGGCGAGAAAGACGGCCACACCUAUCAGCUGCACAUUGACUUUUUCAAGGAGAUCGACCCUGAGAAGUCGCAACACCGCGUGGCCAAUGGCCAGGGGUACUACUUGAAGCUCGUGAAAAAGGAGCUAGGUAAGGAGUACUGGCCUCGUCUAACCAAGGAAAAGCUGAAAUACCACUACAUCAAGACCGACUUCGACAAAUGGGUUGACGAAGACGAGCAGGAGGAGGUCCCACAGGCUGAGGAGUUCGGAGGAAUGCCGUUCGGCGGAGGCAUGGGAGGAAUGGGAGGAAUGGGAGGCAUGGGAGGCAUGGAAGGUCUGGAGGCAUUGCAGGGCCUAGGCGGCAUGGGUGGCAUGGGCGGCAUGGGCGGCAUGGGCGGCAUGGGUGGCAUGGGCGGAGAUGCCCAAGCACAGCUACAGCAGUUGAUGCAGCAGUCUGGCGGCUUUGGCGGCAUGGACGAGGAGGACGAAGAGGAAGAGGACGUCGAGGCUGAGGAAGAGACCAAAGACGCCGCAGGGACUGCUGACAAGAGUGCCUGA